CUCUCCUGAGUCUCAAAAAUUUUUAAUUUUCUUGUUGAAAACAAAAUUAUCUGCAGACACGAUCGAUCUCAUCUUUAGUUCGAAGCGAAGAGUUUCUGGUUUUGUCUUUAGAAUCUGGGUUUUGUACUUUUGUGAAUCUCAAUUCGAAAAUGGCUACUGAAAGUGAAUCAGCGACAGAUCCAGGUGAAAAUAACAUCAAAGGGGUUCUUGUUCAUGGAGGAAGAUAUUUCCAAUACAAUGUCUAUGGAAACAUGUUUGAAGUUUCAAACAAGUAUGUUCCUCCUAUUCGACCAAUCGGUAGAGGAGCAUACGGCUUUGUCUGUGCUGCAGUAGAUUCGGAGACACACGAAGAGAUUGCGAUCAAGAAGAUAGGUCAAGCCUUUGACAAUAAAGUCGAUGCUAAGCGGACAUUGAGAGAGAUUAAGCUACUUCGUCAUUUGGAACACGAGAAUGUUGUCAUCAUAAAAGAUAUCAUCAGACCUCCAAAGAAGGAGAAUUUCGUAGAUGUUUAUAUAGUUUAUGAGUUAAUGGACACUGAUCUUCAUCAGAUUAUUCGAUCAGACCAGCCCUUGAAUGAUGAUCAUUGUCAGUACUUCUUGUAUCAGAUUCUACGAGGACUCAAAUACAUACAUUCAGCUAAUGUAUUACAUCGUGACCUGAAGCCGAGUAAUUUGCUUCUGAAUGCAAACUGCGACCUAAAGAUUGCAGAUUUUGGUUUGGCAAGGACAACAUCUGAGACAGAUUUCAUGACAGAGUAUGUUGUAACCCGAUGGUACAGAGCACCAGAGCUGCUUCUUAAUAGUUCCGAGUACACAUCUGCGAUUGAUGUCUGGUCUGUUGGUUGCAUAUUUGCUGAAAUCAUGACAAGAGAGCCUCUUUUCCCGGGGAAAGACUAUGUCCACCAGCUUAAACUUAUAACCGAGUUGAUAGGAUCACCAGAUGGAACGAGCCUAGAGUUUCUCAGAAGCGAGAACGCGAGAAAAUACGUUAAAGAGCUACCCAAGUUCCCAAGGCAGAACUUUUCAGCUAGGUUUCCUAGUAUGAGUUCUAAAGCUAUCGAUCUUCUGGAGAAAAUGCUCGUGUUUGAUCCAGAGAAACGCAUCACGGUUGAGGAAGCACUGUGUCAUCCUUUCUUGUCAGCACUUCAUGACCUUAACGAUGAGCCUGUUUGUUCCAACCAUUUCAGUUUCGAUUUUGAGAACCCGUCUUCCACUGAAGAAGAGAUUAAGGAGCUCGUGUGGCUAGAAUCGGUCAAGUUUAAUCCUAAUCCGACUAUUUAAGAAGGUGUGUAUGUAUGCAUAUACUAUAACUCUGAGAUUGAACACAUUUUAAGAGUUAUAUCCAUUCUUAUUGUUAGGUUGCUUCUUUAAGGGUUUAAGCUCUGUUUCUGCUUCACCUCAUAGUAUUCGUUGUUUUAGCUUUUUCAUUGGUUAGAAAAGCUAUCUUGUAACACAAGAAAAUGAUGUAUAACGAUCUCCGUUCCUUACUCUGUAAUUGUUCAUUACUUUGAAUGGAAACACUUUUUC